GCGACGUUGAUAGAUAUCCUUAUAACUGGAAAUCUGUCUUUUGCUUGACACUUUUGUUAUCAGAGGAUUAUUCAUUACCACAAAUUUCUCGAUUUUCAAAAAGAAUAAUCUACUUGAUUGAUGAAAGGAAACAUUCGGUUAACAACUCUUGAACUACGAUAAAUUCUCUCUUAAAGCCAUUUACCAGCAAAAAGACGAUAAAAACGUAAAAUUAAGAUGAACUGCAGUUACUGUCCCCUGCCAGUGACGAGUCAUGUCACAUUGGCAUCAUCCUGCGGUGGUAGUGCCUUCUUAUUAUUUAUGGGACUAUUGGAAACUUAUAUUCAAAGACAGUGUGACCUUGAAGAUCCAUGUCACCGUAUCAGACCCCAUGAAACCCCCAAUUCAAGCUAUGAUUUUAUCGUAAUCGGUGCCGGAAGUGCAGGUUCAGUAGUUGCUUCGAGAUUAUCAGAGCAAAAAGAUUUUUCUGUCUUACUACUCGAGGCAGGAUUGGAUGAACCAGCCUGGUCACAAGUACCAUCAUUUUACUUAAAUACCCUACGAACAGAAUUAGAUUGGCAAUAUAAUUAUGAAGGUGAGGAAUGUCUGAAGGAUAACAAAUUAUCGUGUUCUUGGCCGAGGGGAAAGGUACUUGGUGGUACAAGUUCAAUAAAUGGAAUGAUCUACAUUAGAGGAUCGCGAAAGGAUUUCAAUAAUUGGGAGAAACUGGGAAAUAAGGGUUGGGCAUACAAGGACGUACUUACCUAUUUCAAGAAGAGUGAAAAUAAUCAGCAAAUUGAUAAAAUGGAUACCGGCUUUCACAGUCAACGUGGACCCUUAUCUGUCACACAAUUAAAUUAUCAUCCUCCGAUGUGUUACGAUAUUCUAAAGGCUGGAAAAGAAUUAGGUUACAAUACAGUCGAUGUUAAUGGAAAAGUCCACACCGGAUUUGCAAUUAUUCAAAGUACAACGGACAGAGGUAGUCGAUUUUCAUCUGCUAGGGCAUUUCUAAGACCUGCGAGAAAUCGUCAAAAUUUACACAUUAUGCUGAAUUCAACAGCGACGAGAAUUAUAUUCAAUCAUAAUAAACGAGCAAUUGGUGUCGAAUUUUACAAAAAUGGAAAAUUUAUGAAAAUUCGAGUUAACAAAGAAAUUAUUAUUAGUGGAGGAAUAGUCAAUUCUCCACAGUUGCUAAUGAACAGUGGAGUUGGGGCCAAGGAAGAAUUAGCAUCAGUUCGUAUUCCACUGGUUCACGAUCUUCCAGGUGUUGGGAAGAAUUUACACGAUCAUGUUCUAUUCCCUCUGGAUUUUACCAUCAAUGAAACUGAAUUUAAUAACCUAACUUGGGUUUCAGCUUUGGAUUAUCUUCUAUUCAGGAAAGGACCUUUGAGUGGCAUAGGUAUUUCGACAAUAACCGGACUUGUACAUUCAAAAUACUCGAAUCCCCAGGAUGAUCAUCCGGAUCUACAGAUAUUUUUCUCUGGCUAUAUGCCAAGAUGUUCGGAAAGCGGAGAAAUUACAGGAAAUUCAAGUGUUCGAAAACAAAUUAGAUUCGUUUCGACUGUUAUUCAUCCGAAAAGUAAAGGUUUUCUACGAUUGCGAAAUAGUGAUCCUCGUUCGAAACCGCUGAUCUACCCAAAAUAUAUGACUCAUCUUGAAGAUAUCAAUGUUAUGAUCGAGGGAAUUAAGUUCAUGUUACGAUUAGCUGGAACAAGGGCUCUAAGAAAAUAUGACUUUCAGUUGGACAGGACACCGGUGAAAAAUUGUGAGCAGUUGGAAUUUGGAAGUGAUUCCUAUUGGACGUGUGCUAUAAAACAUAAGAGAAGUCCUGGUUAUCAUCAAGCGGGAUCUUGUAAAAUGGGUCCUCAUUCGGAUCCAAUGGCAGUGGUUGAUAAUCAUUUGAAAGUUAGAGGAAUUAGAGGUGUUCGGGUUGCGGACGCUAGUAUUAUGCCAGAAGUCACUUCUGGAAAUACUAAUGCUCCUUCUAUUAUGAUUGGUGAAAGAGCUGCCGAUUUCAUUAAAUUUAGUUGGAGGAGUUUCAAAUACCAGUGAUGCAAUCAACAACAAAAGGGAUGGUACAGUUAUUACGUACGAAGUACCUAUUUUUUUAUUAAUACUACAGAAGAUAAGACAAAUUUUUAACUCAUCAAUUAAUAGAAGUUAUGGACUUUACUGAUCAAGGGACAUCCAUAAGAAGCCACACAAAAUUUUAUCCCAUCGAAACAAGGACCAGAAACUUGUGGCGAAAUUUCCAUUAUUGCUGUACAAUUUUUCUCUUCAAGCGAAACAAAACCUUCGACCUGGCAGAUCUUUCACAAAAUAAAUUCUGUAAUUUGUGAAAAAAAAUGUGGUUCCUGCCUUGCCAAACAUUAAAAUUAAGACCUAAGUAAUAUUCCUAGUUUGUAUUAACCAAAAGUGUUGAGGAAAAUAAAAAAAACUGGAACAUAAAAUUUUUUUUAUAUUUCGCAAAAAUAACAAGACAUAAAAAUUUUAAAGUAAAAAAACAAUUUUGUUGCACUGCAAAUUAUUUUUAAAUACUCUUUCCUUAGUAUAAUCUUAUACAAUUACUAAAUGUUUACAU